AGUUUCUAUUUUAAAAGGAAUACUUAUAAAUAUUUGUACGAAAUGGACACCAACAUCGACAAUGCGCCCACCAGACCUGUAAGAAUUGAUGAGUCGCAGCUCGCUAUCAUCAACAAGAAAAAGCAAAUAAACAAGCUCGAAGAAAUGCGUUUGGAACAAAUUGGUUUCUCUUCGACACUCUGCACUCAAAUCGACUGUGUGAUUCACGUGCUCAGCGAGUCCAUUGAACGUGUCAAGAUCUCAUUAAUUCUGCCCAAGCUGCUGGAAAAUCCCCGCCAUCUGAAGGAAGUGUUGAAAGGCACCAAAUACGAGCAGGGAGUGAGCAUGGUUAAUGAUUUCAUGCGGCGUCGCGACAUUAUUGUCAAGGAGAAGCGUCCACCUCUGAUGGACCACGGCAUGAUCAAAAUUAUCGACUACUUCCAGCGCAAUUAUAGUAUAUACCAGCUCUUUCCAAAGGUAAUGAGUUCUCUGACCCGAGAGGAGCGCAAGCUGUUGUUAGCCUUCGAAAUGCUGUUUAAUAUUGCCUGUCAGCAUCUGUUGCGGACCUCGAAAAGUGAGAUAACCAAAGAGCGCAAGCUGCAUCAGAUGUACCGGGAGAACGAAUCCCUUAAAGCCAGCAUUUCAGAGCUCAGGGCCAAGCUGAGAUCGCAGAAGGUGACGCUGCGCUGGAAAAUGGCCGCCAAGGAGGCCUACAUUCGGAAGUACGAUGAUGAUUUGGCCUACAAGAAAUGGCAGAACAAUGUGCGAAUACAGAACGAGAUUGAAAAGUGCAGCCGGGUCAUACGCACGAAUCACAAGGCUAGCUUGGAGAAGCAACAAGAGCUGGAGAAGGAAUUGGAAAAGUCGCGUAGCGAAUAUGAGAAAGAGACCAAACAGAAUCUGAUAGCGGAGAGGGAAGCGCGAGCCGAAAAAAACAAGCUUUUGUUGCAGCUACAAAGUCUACUCAAAAAGUACGAUAAUAGCAUUGGUGAGAAAAUGAGAGAGAACCUAAGACUUGAGGAUGACUUCAAUGAGGCCAAAAAACAGUUCGACGACUUCAUGGUUUUCUAUCACGCGGAGGAGGCCAUCUACAAUGACAUCGUGGUUAAGCGCGAAGAAGAGGAACGUCGUGAGCAGCAGCGACGCAUUGUCGUCUUCAUGAUGAAUCGGGCGGCACGGAAAAUUCAAAAGUAUUGGCGCAAAUGGCGCAAGGAUCAACGCAAAAAGAACAAACGGCUCAAGAAGGGUAAAAAGAAGUAGAUAGAAAUAGAAGUUCUGAAUCAAAAUAAUUUCCCUAAAAUUCGUGGUAUUUUAUUCUAAUAAUAACGAUUGUGAAAUUUCAAAAUAAAAUAUGGUGGACUAUAUACGAACAAA